UUAAUCAGGUAUAGAAAUCGACCAACAUACAACAAUUUUAGUCUCACAAAUGUGAUAUUAUGCCAAGGAACUUUGCUGUGUUCAGCACGAAUUUUUUGACAGGAUUCCGAAGUUUUCGAUUUAAUAGUGACCAGCUUGUACCAAUCAUGACCGUAUUUGUUUUGACAUUCAAACUAUUCAUGACUAAGUCCACAUGUCAUUCAUUACUUAUAGGAAAGAUUCCUUGCAUCAGCAAAUACUAGCAACGCAGACAAGAAGCGACAAUAUGAAAGGAAAAUCCGCUUUUGUUACACUGUUUGUCAUCCUAUCGAUACAAUGGAGCAUACAGGAAUCGUUGUGCGGCAAGGAGGCAAGAGCACCUCCAGGUGGAUGCUGCCCAAAGCGAUUUAUUGCAGAUUGUUGUCCGUUUGCGGGCGAUAAUGAGACAAUCCGCCCUUGUGAGGACCGCCCUACAUCCUCUGCAAGCUCCAGCAGGGGGGUUUUAGGUGGCCUGUCAUUUGACCCAAGGAUUGCGUGCGUCCAUUCCUGGAAUACUCAGGCAUGCGCAGGUGGAUUCUUCCUGAAUUCGACAACUAAGAAACCCCAACGCUGUCCACGUGGGUUCUUUUGCCCUCAUGAUUUUCUGUGCAUUAUUCCAUGUCCAUCCGGCGCCUAUUGCAUCCCCAAAAAGAAGCGUAAUGAAACCGAAAAAAUGAAAUGCAAGGGUUUCGGUGUUUGCUGUGGCAAGAACGACCCACCUCUUAUAAUGAAUAUAACAGGAGUGAAAAAAUGCAUUGGUAUUAAGGAUAAGAAUUGCGCGUGUGGUGGAACAUCAAAACCUGAGCCUUGUCCUGGUGGCUAUUACUGUCCAACAACUGAUGUUAAGAUUGAGUGUAGCUCCGGUCACUAUUGCCGUCCAGGAAGUGUUCAACCGGAUCCAUGUCCGUGGCUUACGGAUUGCGAUAGAGGAAGUUCAGCUCCAAUCGCCAACUUCAUUGCUCCUUUACUGAACCUCAUCGUCUUAAUCAUAUUCAUAUGUCUCGUUCUACUUUAUCGCAAUAAGCAAACGGUCAAAUUUUACUGGGGAUUAUACUUCGCCCCUCGUAAAGGAAGGGAACGCUCCUCAACGAGAAGCUUUCAUGUCAACGAAGGUAUAGCUCAUAGUACUAUCAAACUUGGAAACCUUGGAGACAUGGAUGAUACUGAUGAGGAUAUUAAGCCAAAGUCGUAUACAAUCGACAUCAGCUUUGAGAAUCUCGGUUUGACUUUGAAAACGGCAAAGGAUAAUGGUAAAGUUGUGUUAAGUGGAGUUACAGGUCAUAUAAAUUCCGGUGAAGUAACGGCUGUCAUGGGACCUUCCGGGGCUGGAAAAACAACAUUCCUCAACACGCUCAGUGGCAAGGCAUACUACGGGAAUGCCAGAGGGAAAAUAAUGUUUAACAACAAAUUGGUAAAAGGAGUAAAGAAACUCCGAACAAUCACCGGAUUCGUUCCUCAGGAGGACACGAUGCACAGGAAUUUGACAGUCCGUGAAAUUUUGUUUUAUCAAGCUAAGUUACGUUUACCUGAAGGAACCGAUUCUAACACCAUUGAUAAAAAGAUACAUCAGACACUCCAUAUUCUAGAAAUUUUGCAUGUAGCAGAUUCCCUUAUUGGCGACGAGGAAGCGCGAGGUAUUUCUGGUGGACAACGCAAAAGAGUAAACAUUGGAAUGGAGUUGAUUGCAGAUCCAACAUUGUUGUUCCUUGAUGAGCCUACAAGUGGCCUGGAUAGUACUUCAAGUUUAUCUGUGUUGAAGUCUUUGAGAGCUGUUGCUGAACAUGGCAAAUUAACAGUCUUGUGCGUGAUUCAUCAGCCUCGUUUCGAAAUAUUCGAAAUGUUUCACAACAUCUUGCUUCUCGGUAAAGGAGGUAAGACGGUCUAUCAAGGAACUGUGCCUGGUGCUGCCGACUAUUUCUCGUCUCUCGGCUUCAAAACUCCAGCUAAUGUCAACCCCGCUGACUUUUACAUGGAUGUAAUCGGAGGUUCGGUAAAUGAAAAGGACAUUGAUCUAUUUGAAGCCUGGAAUAAAAAUUCUGAUCAUGCUGAAGGAACUGCUUCUAAAGACCGAAAGGCUACAUUGUCCUGUUGUGGAGACGAGGUGACACGUGCGUUGCCCAACCCGUUCUGUCAAUUCUUAACGUUUACUCGACGAGAGUUUUUGCUCCAGUUGCGGUUGGUAAAAACAUUAUUCAUUGACGUUUUCCUCGUGUUCUUUGCUGGUGGUGUUCUUGGAGCAUUGUACCUGGAGGUGUCGUUGAGAAAAUUUACAGCCCUCACCCGUAUGAGUGGAAUGGCCAUAGGUCUGACAUCCAUGUUAUCAUCGUUAAGAUGUUUUGGAAAUCACAGAACUACGUUUUGGAGAGAAAGUGCCGCAGGAGUUAACCGCGUUAGUUAUUUUUUAGCAGUAAAUUUUGCCCAACUUCCAAUCUUGGCAUUGAUGCCGCUGGUGUAUCUCAGUUUACUUUACACUCUCACUUCACCCAGAUCCUACUUCGCAGCCCAUUAUGCCGGAGUUUUCUGUGCUCAAUUAUGCUGUUCUGGUAUUGGUUAUGCCAUUUCAACGAUAUUUAAUCCCAAGAGUUCUCAAAUGGCCUCAGUAGUUGUCGUUUUGGUCAUGGCCAUGGUGUCAGGUUCCUCUCCAACAUUGUGUAAACUUGAUGAAUUGAAAUUCUUUGGACCACUUGGUUAUAACCUAUCUUACAUCCGAUGGUUUGUUGAGGCCAUGUUCGAGAAAGAAGCUUUACGAUAUCCAGACGUUGUUCGACCAGUACGAGAUGCAAUUGCGUUCUCUGACCAUUAUACCUUGGAUGACAAUUAUGCUUUCUGUUUAGGAAUGAUACUUCUCAUGGCUGUAGUGUACCGCGUGAUUGCGUUGCUUUUCUUGCUUUUUACUAACCGUGGAAAGCAGCAAUAGAUUAAAAUAAUUUCGCAAAAAGCAUCAUAAAUUGUACCACAUAACAAAAAAUUUUUGGAAUGGUUUAAAAUAUUACGCGACAAAACAAAAAUCACGCAUAAAUUAUAUGAAGCUUCCUCAUAUUUUCAUAUUCAUGAAGCUAGUUCACAUUUUAUACUAAACUUUGUAUUUGUUUAUUAUUCAUUUCAAAAGAGAUCCACCAUUCAAUUUCAUAAAGAAAGAUGUAAUAUAAUCAUUAGCAUAGAGUAAAUAAUUCACCAUUAUACAAAUUAUUAAUAUCAUAUAGUUCGAGUAUAUUGAAUAUAUUAAAUGAUAAUGUUAUGGCCGGUGAUCGAAGAAUAUAGACUUGUUCUAGGUCGACUAUAGUCUAUUUAUUAUUCACUGUAUAUUAUAUAAUCUCCGUUUUGAUUGGUUAGCCAUCUACAAAUUUAUUAAU